UCCUGACUUUGUAACCCUCCCUCCACCAGCCCUGUUCGAGCUUGUAACUGCUGCCACUGCGGGAUGCAUGCUCGUCCUGUCGUCUCCAGACCAGCACCUUGCAGUUCCAUGUCGCUCCUUUAGGCUUUCGGCUACGCGCGUUUCCUUUCUCAUACAUAAUUAUUUAGCCAUUGAUCGUUGAAUGCACGCUCGACGCAUUCCCUCGUCCCCGUCCUCGCCGCCCCCGCCCUCCUCGCCGCCCGCGUUCCCGCAGACGUUCGGCGACGCGAGCUUCUCCCCAGAGGCGCGAGGUGCUCUCUCCCCCACGCAGACGCUGUGGACGGCCCAGUCGCCCACCCUCACCCUCGGCCACUCGAGCCCAGAGCUCCCUCCGCUCUUCUCCCGCUCGGCCCUUGGAGGCAACCCGCGCACGCCCUCGACUGCUGCGAGGCACGAACGCACGGACACGUCGUAUUACACGGCCAGCUGGGGCAGCCCCUAUCGCAACUCACCCCCGACCUUCGACCACCAACGCCACGCUUCGGCGCACUUUGGCAGCGACGACCUGGACGAGGGCUCAUCAAGUCUCCAGUUUGGGCUCGAGCAUCUGCUUCCGCCGCGACUUGGUGUUGAGGACGACUCGCCGAACCGGUUCAAUCUCGACCAUCUCAUCCCGCGAUUGGAGCAGAACGCAUCGCCCAACCGUUUCACCCUUGAGCAUCUGAUCCAGUCUCGGCUGCCACAUAUCGAGACUCCCACCAGAGAACCCACCCCGUGCGUAUCCGACUCCAACCCGACCUCCGAAGAGUGGAUCCACCACUUCUUGAGCGAGCGUUGGAACCGCGACAAGAACGACUGGAAAAGCGAGAGUGGUGACAUUCGCCCGGAAAUCGAACCGCAACACAAGCAAAACCUUGCUGCCCCAGAAUCGCCCACAAGAGGUCACAAGGCCCGAAGCUUCAACAAAACCCUGAACCAGCAGGACUUUUGGCGCCACUUCAGCAGCGAUCAGAAGGAAGCUUUUGGCAAGAUGAUGGCAUCCAAGUAUGCAGAGUCCCCUGUCGCCCCACACCUGUCUGGGGCCUCGGGACACGAUCUUCCUACUCUUCGGACAGCCAUGCCACAGAACAUCCACGCGGAGAGGUCGCCAAUUUCACCCCAGUUGCUGACACCCUCGAAACCAACUGAGUCAAUGCGCGAAUCGCUGAACAAGACGCCAACCCCCUUCGAUUCGGUGCGACAGCCUACCCCUCGCACGCGCAAGAAGGUCAUGGUCAAGGGCAAAGGAUGCAUCAUCUCGAUCCCGCACGAUAUCCCCAGAGGUACACCUGGAUACCCUCCCAAGCCUAUGAGCGCGGAAGCGGUACACACGAAACUGCAGCAAUUCCAGAAUCAGGGAUACGACACCAAUGGUUUUGGUCAUUGGAGGGGUGAGAACUCAGCGGGAGAUCCGCCACACAAUCGAGCCAUAUGGCCAGAGGAGGAUGAUGUGCGCGCAGAGAGAGCCAAUGCAAAAUCCCAAUUUCGAGUCCGUGUGGCUAAGAAGGCUGAGUGGGACACGUAUGUGAAUUCUUUGCUGGAAGCGAAGCUUGCGGCACUGGGCGUCAGUCAGGGUGGCGAGGACGAUAUGCCGAUGCCUAUGUCGAGAUCGGGCUCUACACAGCAAUACCCAGGUCUGCCUUUCUCGCCUCCACUGCCUCCGUCAUCAGCUGGCAGUCAUAUCCGUAUGAGGCAGGGAAGCAUUGUAACAGGCCCUUUCCCACAUGGACCUUCGCCAGGGCACAUGUCUCGACAAUCAAUUGCUUCGCCAGGGCAUAUGACUCGACAGUCGAUCGCCUCACCAGGAUACAUGAUGGGACACAUGUCUCGACAAUCUAUGGCAUCGCCAGCUGCUUUUUCCAAUGUGCGUCCAAACAUGCACAUGCACCGUCACUCCACGUUUGCAUCGCCUGCCAAUUUUGCUCAGCAUGCAAUUUCUCCCUCUGGUACAUGGUCUCCAAGUGGCUACUUUGGAUCCCAGGAUGGACGGGGCCCAUCGCCUGGUCUACCUAUGGGCAGGCCCGAGUACUCUAACCUUCCAUCCCCUCUUACUCCGUUUGGCAUGAGACCUAACCAGCAAUUCUCUAAUGCGCCGCCGCAUAAUGAUGACCUGAUGGCUCAGAUGCAAAUGCAGCAACAGCAGCUUCAGACGCAACUCUUCCAACAACAACAGCAGCAGCACCUACAGCAACAGCAACAACAGCAACAGCAACUCUUGGGCCUACGACCGUCAUCUACACUUGCAGAAGUGCCCGAAGACGAAGGCGAGGAAGAUGAACUACCCGCGCUGAAACAUGCUGUCCAAUCUGUUCCGGAGAUCGCUGUACCAACUCCUCGCCAUCGUCACAACAUUAGCGAGAAUCUUGAGCGUGAGGCAGCUGAUGCUGAGUAUCAUCUGGAAGAGGCCAUCGACAAGCAGUUCGCAGAGGGAGGAGACUUUAAUACAGAACACGAGACCACUGGACAAUUCAAGCCUUCGAAGGCUGUUACUAAUUCUUCGUGGGAUAGUUCUCGCGCUAUCUUGCAUCAGCCACAGCCUCAUAGCAGAGCCCAUUCCAUCACCAAGUCCCAACAACCCAGGUCUUUUGCGUUCCCUGCGCAGCAACAACAGAACCCUCGUGAGAAUAGCGAUGGGGCUAGGACCACUGGUUCCGUUAACUCGAUUCCCAGCCUGGAAGAUGGCGAGAUUCGUGAAACAACCCAGACUUCGACGCAACAUUCCAAGGUUUCGUCGCAGGUCAGCAAUCCAUGGAAAGACAACAAGUUCGCUACUGUCAAUCCUGCGGUGCACAGCAAGCACGCCUCGCGCUCAUCGAUCUCGAAGCUUAACGUGGAAGCCAAGGAGUUCAAAUUCAACCCCGCGGCCUCGUUCAAUCCCGGAACGUUUUCGUCUGGUUUUGCAUUUGCGCCUGCGCCUGCGGUCAAAUCGCCUGCUGAUGCCUUGCCCCGAGGCAACAAGCCUAGUAUCGAUGGUAUAUCUAGCUUCAAUGUCACGGCGCCUGCCUUCAAGCCAACUGCGCCGACGUUCCAGCCUGUUGCAGAGAUUCCCGUCAAGCCUGUGGAGGCAACUCCUGCCUCACCUGUAACAGAAGUCACUGAAACCAAACCUGUUGAUACGAACGGUUCUGCUUUCCCCUCCAGCGGGUUCAACUUUUCUAGCCCACCUUCCAUCAAGCCAGAUGCGGCAAGCUUCAACAAUACCCUGUCUGGUGAUCCCGAUAAGCCAACACCUGCCCCAACCAGCUUCUCUUCGAAGAUCUUCGGAGACGUCAAUAUCUCGGCUAGCGACAUUGUUAAGCCAGCCAUGCGCUCCAAAGCUGUUCCAAUUGUGCGUCCAGAUGAUACGCAGCAGAAGACACCCGAGAAGGCGACGGAGGAUGUGGAAGAACGAGAGGAUGAGGAGGGACGUCCCAUGCAGGCUGAGGGUCGAGAGAAGCGUGUCAGGCGCAACCGUACGGAUGGCGAUGAUGUGCCUAAAUUCGCAUUGCAACCUAUCCUUCCAUCUCAGCCCACCAUCGAAGCGAAAUAUCUUCAACCCUCCGAGUCGAUCUCGAAACUUGGGGCUGAUGAUCUGCCAGACGAUAAAGAAAACCUGUCGCCCAACAAGGAACGAACGAAAGCGAAGGCGAAGAGUCCGGAUCCUCUUGUCUUGCAGCGCGACACGCAUACCACCAAGGCCGCCAAGUCUACUUCUCAAGCCGAGAUGUCGGUCACUAGCCCUCUUGAUGGAAAGACAUCUGUUGAAAGCGAUGAGCGUACUCCUACCAUUGACAAGGUACAACGGGAAAAGAAACAUGCGCAUCAGAAGAGCUCAUUGUCCGCCGCCGCGGAACCGUUCGAGCUCCGGUCUGAAGCUCCUGGCAGUACUGAUUACGAUUUCGGCUUCCACGUUACGAAGCCAUCUCAGAACAGGGAAAUUGAGAGAGCUCAGGAUAUCCUAUCCAAGUUUGCAGAUACGCCGUCCAGAUACACAAGCAGGAGUCCGGCAACGACUUUCCAACCCAGCGAUGCUGGAUCCUGGAAGACAGCCGCUUCGCGCAGACGUGCACCUUACCCUGAGAGCGAGAGCGUUGACUUCGACCCAUCCUUCAAUGAUAUCGAUGCUGUCAUGAAACAUAUGAACGAGGAGGGUUCUGACUUUGGCGUUGAGCGCGAUGACGACUCCUGGGCAAAUUCUUCUCCUGGAAGAACAGCGCUGGACUUCAACCGCACUGACCUACGGCCCACCACAAACUCGCGUAGCGACGCUCCAAGUCCCAGCCCUCGCAGACUCUUCCCUCUAAGGAAUGUGCAAGGGUCGGCGACAUCACUCCAAGAUCCAUUCGACGAUGACCGCGCCGCCAUUGCAUACGAUUCCACCGUGCAUCGCCUGAACAACGCAGACGAGGUGCCAAUAAGCGACUGGGACGAAGGCCUCCUGACUGAAGGAGAAGACAGGCUUCACAUGCGCAGUCGUUUCUUUGACCAGCAUGUUGAUGACAUUAUGGGUCGACUUCUGCAGAACCGUCUCGGCCCUCUUGAACAGAAUUUGCAGAACAUUCAAAAUUCACUGGUCACGAUGUCGCAGGGACCGAAACGCAGUCGGCGAAGCAUGUCCACAGAACGUCUGGAUAGCGAUGCUGAUGACGAAGAUGAUGAUGUUGGUGCUGACUCCCAGUACCGCCCUCGAUCUCCGAGGAAGGACAGAAAACUGGACAAGAUCCGGGCUGUUGUCACGGAAGCACUUGCUGCGCAUCAGCCAACCGCUGUACCUGUUCAGCACGUUGCUGCUGAGGAAAUCCGAGCCAUGGUGAAUGAAGCCUUGGCGGCACAUGCCCCUCCUUCGGCUUCUGAGCAAAUCAAACCAGAGACGCUCCGCUCGAUCGUUGCCGAUGCUCUUUCGGCUCAUUCGCUGGCAACCCCGAUCGAACCGCAACUUGAAGCUGUCCAGCCAGAUACGAUUCGUUCUAUCGUCACUGAAGCGUUGGCUCUCCACAAGCCAGCUGCUCUUGAGGCUCCUAUCGACAUCCCCCAACCUCAAAUCGAUAUGUCUGAGAUGUAUCAAAUUGUUGGAAGUCUCAAGGCUUCUAUUGCGCAAGCUACCAACAACCACUUGCAGGCGCAAGAUGUUCGCGAACUCGUUGAUGAUGCCUUCAAGCGUCAAAGUGUCGAGGUCGCCAAACGCGAGGAUACUCAGGCUCUUCAAGAGAAGGAUGCCCGUAUUGCUGAACUAGAAGCAAUGCUCAAGGAGGCUACUCUACGCUCCGAGUCUGAAGCGGAGGCACGCAUGGCGCUUGAGGUCCGGGAAGUGGAUACUUCACGUUUGCUCAAGGUUACCGAAGAAGAGCUCGUUCUCCUUCAAAAGUCGGCCGUCGAAGAUGAAACCAAGAUCCGAGUUUUGGAAGAAGACCGAGAUGUCACCCGCCGUACCCUCGACGCAUACGAGGUCAACAGUGAUGAGAUUCGUGUUAGAGUUUCAGCUCUUGAUGCUGAAAACGAGGAACUCAAGCUCAAGACAAUUGUGUUGAAGGCAUCUGAGGAGGAAACUCAAAACAGGCUUGACGCCAUCACUGCCGAGAACGACGCACUAACUUCUACACUGGAGGAGCAUCGUCUGUCCGCUAGUAAAUGGCGAACCCAAGUUCAGGAGUCGAAGGAGGAGAACGAUAAACUACGCAAGGCGAUCGAUCAAACACGCUACCAAGCUGAAGAGUCUACGCGCGUCCGUGAAUUCAUGCGCUCCAAGCUCGAGAAACUGCAGGAAGACAUGGUCAUGGUCUCCCAGCAGAUCGCUGCUGAACGCGCUCAAUGGCACAAGAACGACGAGAUAUCUAUGAAGAAGUACGAGGUUCUCAGUGCUCGCAUCGAAGCCGAGGGACGAACACGUGAGAGGUUGGAGAGAGAACUUGAGCGUCUCGAGACUCAAGAACGCGAAGGCAUGAAGCUCAGGAUGCAUCUCGAACAGACCCAGAAUCACAACGCCAGGCUCGAGGAGGCUCUUGAACAACUCCGAACUGAAUCCUUGGAGCAUCAAAAGAACGCCGCGAGGUACGAACGCGACAUGCGAGAGGCGAGGGAUGCAGCUCAUGUUGAAAUCCGACGCACUCGUGUGCUCUUGGAGGCCGACAUCGAUGCAGCCAACAACCAGGUCAACAUUGUCCGACAUGACCUCGAAAGUCAAAACGCCCGCAUCCGCGCUGAGCUCGACAGCGUCCGACUGGAUACCGACACCCUCAAAGAGAAACACGAGCUUGAUUUGGAGGCAGCAUCCGAUGCUAAGAAACAAGCUCUCCUCGAAGCACACGAGAGCAGGAAGCACAGCCUUCACGAGCAGCAACGAGCCUUUGAACGUCAACUCGAGCAUAUCCAACAUGAGCAUGCUCGUACCCUCAAUUUCGCGCGUGAGGACAGGGAGCGUGCAGAAUCCUUCCACAAUGACAAGCUUGCGCUCGCUGAUGCCAAGACGGAUCACUUGAAGGACAAGGUUGCUCUUCUGGAGGAGAAGUUACAAAUCGCCAAGGAGGCUGCCAGUGCUGCUAUCGCAGCUGCAUCGAAAUCUCCGAUACCUACCUCCUCGAACAACUCUAGUGGGCCGGAGAAGAUCUCACCUCAAGCACUGCGCGAGUCUAUCGCGGUGUUGCAAGACCAACUUCAGGAGCGUGAAUCACGCAUUGAAUCUUUCGAACACCAACUGGCGGAGAUUGACACGGAUGCACCAGCCAAGCUCAAGGAGCGCGACUCGGAGGUCAGCUGGCUUCGCGAGCUACUCGGCGUCCGCAUUGACGAUCUGAACGACCUCAUCAGUGCCCUCGCCCAGCCAACCUUUGACCGCGAGAACGUCCGUGAUGCGGCUAUUCGUAUCCGCACAAAUCUGCAGAUGGAGCAGCAAGAGAAAGAACGCCAGAUCACAGGCGGUCAGCAGUCUUUCCCUACCCUUGCCACGCUCACCAAUUUUGCAUCGCCUAAGGCUGUCCAGUUUGCCGCCGCAUUUGGAAACUGGCGCAAAGGCCGUGAGAACGCUACCUCCGCCCUCGCAGGCUCGUCAAGCGCUUACUCGCGCAACCAAACACCAUCUCGUGCCGCCCCUCAACCCGGGCAGUCGUUCCUAUCCGGACUUAUGACCCCACCCACGUCGAACCUGCGGCGCACCUCUGACCUUUCAGCAUCGUCAGUGCGUCCACACAAUCCGCGCUCAAGCUCCUCGAGCUCACGCGGCUCGACAGAGGCUGGGUUCCCCACCCUGGGCAAACAACCGGUGGCCCCAAGUACGCCACCACUAAUGAGGAAGGCGAAUUACGACCGUGAUGCAGAGGUCGAGUCGUUUUCUGAGAACGGUUUCUACGACGAUGAUAGCAUGGUCGAUGGCGAAGUCGAUGGCGAUCUUACGCCCCUUGGACUGAACUUUGGACAUGAUUUGAGGCGGUAAACCCAUCAACACAACAUGGCAAUAUUUCCUAUGUAUGUUUUUUCUUUACUGGGCUCGAAACGAGCUUCUCUUUUGUAUGUGUCUGCCCUUCCCUUUGGUUUUAAUUUCGCGCUUCGUCUUGUACCUAAUGCUUGCUUGCUCGCACACUUUGUUUGGCUGUUGUCUCUUUAGCGCCCA